UCGACCCGCUGCCUGGCCCUCCCGAGCCCAGCGCCUCUCACCACCAUCCUCUCCACGACGUGCUGCCCUGCGCCCGCAACCAUGUGUCGCACCCUGGCCACCUUCCCCACCACCUGCUUGGAGAGAGCCAAAGAGUUCAAGACACGUCUAGGGAUCUUUCUUCACAAAUCAGAGCUGGGCUCUGAUACUGGGAGCGUUGGCAAGUUCGAGUGGGGCAGUAAACACAGCAAAGAGAGCAGAAUCUUCUCAGAAGACGUAUUGGGAUGGAAAGAGUCCUUCGACUUGCUGUUGAGCAGUAAAAAUGGAGUGGCUGCCUUCCGUGCCUUCCUCAAGACAGAGUUCAGUGAGGAGAACCUGGAGUUCUGGCUGGCCUGUGAGGAGUUCAAGAAGAUCCGCUCGGCCAGCAAGCUGGUCUCCAGGGCUCAGCGCAUCUUUGACGAGUUCAUUCGCAGUGAGGCGCCUAAAGAGGUGAACAUAGAUCAUGAGACCCGGGAGCUGACCAGAACUAACCUGCAGACAGCCACGGCCAUGUGCUUCGAUGUGGCUCAGGGGAAGACGCGCACCCUGAUGGAGAAGGACUCCUAUCCGCGCUUCCUCAGGUCACCUGCUUACCGAGACCUGGCUGCCCAAGCCUUAGCCUCCUCGACGUCCACGUCCACAUCCAUGUCCACGUCCAGCUGCAGCCUGGCUGAGCCCUCUCACACCUGAGCCUCCGGGGCAGCGAGGAAGCCAGCGGCAAGAGAGGUGGAGUCACCCAUCCCUGAGGCAGCUGCCCUGUAUGGGAGGCAGGUUCUGCCCAGCAAGUGCGAGAGGACAGUGAAGGAAAGAACUGUCCUGCAGCAUGGUUACAAAGAACGCCUUCUCCUCCUAAUACUGUGGGCUCAGCACCGGCUGGAAGUGCCCCCCUCCACAGCUUCCAGAACCUGCCUCUGAGGACUGAUGAUGGGGCUCUCUGGGGAAAAGAAUAGUGGUGGAGCAGUCAGUGAACACUGGCUUUUGUCCUACUUGCCAGUCAAGCACUUAUCUUGGGGAUACCUGGGAAACUUGAAAACAAGAGUGAGGGACAGUCAGGUCAGCUUUAUGCUGGAGAUCAGUUGGCUUUGGUCAGAUCUUGUUUUCUUAAGUCCUGGGCCAGGCACAGAAGGGGCUGUGAGUGUGGAAUCUUAGCUUAGGUUUCUUAAAAUUCCUGUGUCCACCCUAUAGUCUCACCAAGGUCAAUGGAGUCAGUGUGUUCCUUGCCCACAGUGAGAUUUUUAUACCUCAAAAACUAUCUUGUGAGCCACUUUCCAGGUCAGCCAUGAGCCCAGAAAAGAGACCAUGUGACCCCAGCUUGGAUGCUCUUGGUGACUUCCUGACCCUGUGUGUACAACAAGGUCUACCUAGCCUGUGAGAGGCCUCACUGAGCCUGUGUUCGUCCUAAGGUGGGCCCACAGGAGGGAGGUGGGAUGUUCCCCUGGGAGCUAGGCCAGCAUGCUUGCCGUGAGGUUGAAACAAGGGGGAAAGGGCCAUAAGAAACAGAUCCUUUGUCAGAGCCCAAUCAAACCAAUACUGCCUGUGGGUAUGAGAACGGGAAAAAGAUGUCCUUGGGUCGGAGGGAAACCUGUUUCUCUUACGGAUGUGAGAUGCACACUGUGACUGGGGAGAGAAAUGGGUCGGGGACCAUGGUGACUCUGGGACAGAGGCUAGGAGUGUAGCUUGGAAGGGUAGGCCAGGAAAUCAGAAUCUGUCUGUUACUUCUGGGCCUUAUGGAACAAACAUUGCAUGAUAGGACUUCCUCCAGCAGAUGCCAGGACGGUAGUGAAUUCCCCAGGCAAGCCCCCUCGGGCCCCAGGAUUUCCGGCACUGUUCUCUCUGCACUUGAGCUGUUCAGGAGUAAGUUAUUUAAGUAUAAUGUAGUGUUGAUGUUGUGCCAGUUGUUACAGCAUAUUAUUUUUGUCGCUUGUUGGUGUUAUUUAUUGUGAUUUGUUUGCCUGUACUGGAGAAUCUCAGAAGUUGCUGCCUGAUUGAACCCCCCACCCCCACCCCCAGACUCUACCUCUGCACAUUGGGAACCACUGAGGGCCUGUCGGGAACUCCUCACUGUUUAAAUAUUUAUUUAUUGUUGACAAAGGGAGCUGGGUUCCUUGAUAUGACUGAUGAAUGCAAUCUCUGUUUUCCUGUUACAGCAUGUUAUAUUCUUGUAAAAAAUAAAAUCCAAAUAGAACA